AUGGACCGAGAUCUUCUUAAAGAAACUGACUUUCAUGAAAAGUUACGUUUAUGUGUGUGGGACCUAGGAUUGGAGCCAUUAGAAUUUGAAGAAAAAUGGAAUAAACUGAUUGGUGAGUUUAAGUUGGAAACACAUGAGUGGCUAACUGAGUUGUAUAAGAUAAGAAAGCUAUGGAUCCCCGCUUAUUUUAGAGAUUUAUUCUUGGGUGGGAUCAUGAAGACAACUUCAAGGUCGGAAAGUGAAAAUCAUUUCUUUACUUCCUUCACUAAUCCCCAUGUUACUCUUGUAGAGUUCUACAUGCGCUUCGAAACUGCAAUGGAUUCACAAAGACACUCACAAGCUGAAUUUGACAAUGACUCCAAGAAUAAAUUUCUAGAAUGUAAGACACCAUUACUCAUUGAGAAGCAUGCUUCAGAGGUGUUUACUUGCUCUAUAUUUUAUCAGGUUCAAGAAGAGGUGUAUAAUGCUUGUUUUUCUUGUGGGAUUGAAGAGUUCAGAAGAGAAAAUGACUUGGAAAUUGCCAAGAUUAAUGAGGUGAAUCAUAAAAGAACUUUUGAGGUGGUGUUUAAUAACACCAAUUAUGAAACGAAUUGUUCAUGCAAGAUGUUUCAGAGACAUGGCUUACCUUGUAGGCAUAUGGUUUGGGUAUGGAAGGCAAAGAACCUAACCAUGAUUCCCGAUAAAUAUGUUCUUAACAGAUGGACUACAAUGGCAACAAAAAAGCCAAUCUUUGACUUGGAAGGAAAUAUUUUAGACCAAUGCACUAGAUUGGUGGACAAGAAGAAAACUUUGAAUGAGUUAUGGUCUGAGAUCUAUAGUUGUGUAAGUGUGGCUGAGCAAAAUGAAGAAGAUCUUGCUGAACUUGUUAAAAACCUUCGAGACUUGAGAUUGGACAUGGAGGCCAAAAAGAGUGCAAACAACACUCGUAGCAAAACACAAGACAUAGAGCUCCUAAUUGGAUCAGUGGCGCCUAGUGAAAUAACCAUCAAACCCCCAAAGAUAUCAAGUAACAAGGGUAGUGGCACUAGAAGUGGAAAAAGGAUAAAGGGAGAGAGAGAGAAGGCCAUUGAGCAACAUCAAAAGAAAAAGAGGCUAUGUAGCGCUUGUGGAGAGCUUGGAUACCAUGACCUUCGAAAUUGCCCGUCAAAGAUAUCUUCAUGA